CGCCAUUAGACACAUAAGAAGUAGCUGUGAGACGGAAGAAGAGUUUAUAACGUAAUAGAUUGAAACAAAAUUGACUACGAUGGGACUAGAGUCUAUUUAUUCACUUAUGAUAAAGCGCAUGAUGGCAGUGGCUGAUGAAAUAUUCGACUCUGUAAAAGACAGUAUAAUUGAAUAUGAGGAGGAGAUAGAGCGUCUAAAGCAGGAGAACUGUUGUCUGAGGAGCCGAAAGUGCAGCUGUGCAGAAACACGCCAUGAUACUAAGAGAGAUGGAGGUCUGCAAGGUCCAACGGGUUCAGAACUGUCAGAAAUACAAGUAAAGUUGGAGGUUGCCACCGUGAUGUGUCAUGAGCCUUUGAGUCAAGCUUCUUCCAGUAUUUCUCCUCUUUCUGAAGCGGUCCCAGGACAGGAACCCCAUCAGUGCCUCUCACUUCUGCCAGAGGUGAUGCUGAAGAAUGAAGAUAUUGGUGGUACAGAUACAGAGUCAUCAAUCACAGUUAAGUCAGAGCUGUGUGAUAAUCAGGCCAGUGAAUCAAACUCAUCUGCAGUGCAGUCUGGCAGCGAUUGUCAUGUUGAACUUAAACUAACUGAACAAGACCCGUUAUCUCUUCAACUUGAACUUGAAACCUUUGAAGAGGUGUUACAAAAGGCAAGGCGAAAACACCAGAAUGCAUUAUGCAGGAUAUGCGGCAAGUCUUUCAGGAACAAUGGACGUUUGCAGAAUCACAUGGUAGUACACCAAAAUGAGAGACCUUUUUGCUGUGGUUCUUGUGGCAGUCGUUUUAAAACGAAAUCCAGCUUGAAAGAACAUGAGAGACUUCAUACAGGUGAUUAUCGCUACAGCUGCCCAAGAUGUGGAAGGGGUUUUUCUCGAUCAAAUCAUGUCAGAAAGCACCUUAAGGCAGCUUAUUGUCAUAAACCUUAAUCCUCACCAUUUCCACCAAAAAAAUGAAUUCUAAAUUUUAAUUCUUUAUUAGAUAUACGGCAUUACAAAUUAAAAUAUCAAAACAGAUAUCUGAGAGAACUCUGCUUUACUUCUGAAUGAUGUAAUAUUGUUAUAUGAAAUAUUGUUUAAACUAUUUUGAUUGCUUUGCAUGUAACUCCAGACAAAUUAGGUAUUAUCUAGAUUCCUUUUUGAGAUGUCCAUAUUUCAGGCCCUAGUACAGUCCCAACCAUAUGAGGCUCUCAGUCUGGCUUUAAAUUAUAUUCUACACAUUUUCAAAGGUUAAACAGCAAAUGUGGGUCACAUGACACAAUGCUAGUUUUUCUUAUCCAACAAAUCAAAGGUCAGCAAUGCCUUUAUUUAUUCAACAUCAGUUAUAAGCAAUAAGAAUACAAUUUUUGUAUUUUGAGGUGAUGAUAGCAGUGAUUCUAGUGCAUAUUCUGUUAUAUUUUCUGUUAUACCCAAUGGCAGUUUAUAUUUAUAUGAACUACUACAGCAUGCCUAUGUUAACAAGACUGGACAGGAAAUACUGUCAUAGAAAUGCUAAUAGGCCUACUUAAACAACCAGGUUAAGAAACAUAAUUGAAAUGUAUAUAAAUAUAGUAAAAUUGAACAGGCCCAUACUUAUAAAAAAAAUAAAUCCCUUUUAUAUCCUUUGGAAGUGCGCGUUCUGAAACUAUAUUAUUCUGGUAGUUUCAGUUCUAUCAGUGUAAUAAAUUCAACAACUUUGUAUUGAAACAUCUGUGUUCUUAAUACUAUCAUAUUUGUCUAAUGACUGGAUGUUCACAUAAACUGCUUUAAAAUCA